AUGAAGGAGUUGGUGAGUUUUAUUUCAUUGCUUUUUAAGAGACCAGUUUCAUGGGUGUCUCUUUUUGCUCCACCACUUCUUCACAUUAUAGGACUCGGCUUACCACAAAUCCUCCUUACCUCAGCUGCUUUGUUCUUCUCUUCUUUCUUCUUCACUCUCCCUAUCCCAAAACCAAACACCCUAUUAGACUCAAAGGUUCAAGAUCAAGAUCUUGGUCAACAAGACUCUUUAGGUUACAUCGAUAAUGAGGAGGAAAGCUUCAUAGAGCUCUCCUUACCAAGUGGUAACUACGUUGGCCAUCAUUACAAUACUAUGAAUGGACAACAAGAUUGUGCCAUCAACAACAAGAACCAGAUUUGUCUCUCCAACAACCUCCAAGAUUUCAGGCUUAUCCAACUGUUAGCUGAGUUUGAAGACGAUAAUCUCAUUGAAAUCGACAUUUCCAUUGGAUCCAUCAAGUGUUCCACGUUCCAGAUCCAAGGUUGA